AUGGCGGCUAGAUUUUUGAGAUGUUUGCAGAUUUCCAGCACGUUUAGAGGUAAUUGACUUGUUUUUGUUAGAUUAAAUAAUCUGAGGACUUUGAAGCUUCAUCGCUUUGUCAAUGCAGACAUUUUGCAUCAGAAGGAAAACGUGGAAAAAGAAAAUAUGUGGAGGCAGCGAUUGUAAAAUCGACAAAAAGCAAAAAAGAGAUUGUGGAUGUUUGGAAGAAGAUGAAUGCGAGGUAAGUGACAGGUCUCGGAGCGAAGGGGAUAUCAAGAAAUGUAAUUUCAGCGAACUCGCCGCUGCGUUGAAAACCGAUUACGAUGAUGUUGUGGAGAUCUUGGAGAACUUGGAUAAACGAAAUGUGAAUGCGAUUGUUAACGAGACUCCGCUUGAUGAUAAUAGCAUUUUGAUGGUAAGCAGGGAUUUUUUUUUUUGAAAAAUAAGGGGAAAUUAGGCAAAGCUUGAUGAUUUCAUAGAAAUUACCCAAAAAUUUUGGGGCCAAAAUACAUAUUGAUUUUCCAAAGGUUGUAGGAAACAUAAUAUUUUCAGGCAGUUUCUGCUCUCAACUUCAAGCCAAGAUUUAUCAACGGACCAGCGAGAAAAGCCGAAAAAGAAGACGAUGAUCUCCAUCCGCAACCUCCGCCACAAGAAUCCGCCAAAUCAAAACGUCCUCCAAUUGUCACAAUUAUGGGACACGUUGAUCAUGGAAAAACCACACUUCUAGACGCGCUUCGAAAUUCACAAAUUGCCGCCGGCGAAUUUGGCGGAAUCACUCAACACAUUGGUGCAUUUUCAGUUGAUUUGGGCAAAAAAGGGCAGAAAGUGACGUUUUUGGAUACGCCGGGACAUGCGGCUUUUAGUUCAAUGAGAGCGAGAGGAGCGAAAGGAGCUGAUAUUGUUGUUUUGGUUGUGGCAGCAGAUGAUGGAGUGAAAGAGCAAACUGUUCAAAGUAUACAGUUAGUAGAAGGGGAAAUACUUAAAUAUAUUCCGAAAAAUCAGCAAUUUUCUAUUAUCACAAAAUUCCGGGGAGAGGUUUUUGGAUAAAAAUAAACUAAAAUCGAUGCCCCUUUAAUGUCUAGGUCUUGCAACGAUUUUCAGUUUUGAAUCCAUUGCUCAUCAUAAGAAACUACCUUAAAACAGGAGUUUGGAAAAGUUUCGGUUCCAAAUUUCAUGUUUUUGGUCUUGUAGCUCACAAUCUCAAAGUUGAUCGACUCCCACAGAAAAAUCUAACAAAAAAAGACUAACCUAAUUGCCAAUUAAUAAGAUGGGAGUUAUUAGACUAGGAAAAUAAAUAAAUGAGCGAAAUACACAAGAAGUCUCGUGGCAUUUUCGCACACGUCAUUCAGAACACGUAAAAUAAUUUUUCCUCUCCAACCAUUGGUCAUUUCUAGAUUUGCUCGAUCUGCAAAUGUUCCUCUUGUUGUCGCUGUCAACAAAAUCGAUAAACCGAAUGCGGAUCCAGUGAGUUUUGUACAUAUUUUCUAUUUGCCACCAAAAUCAACUCAUUUUCAGAUGCGUGCAAUGCGAUCUCUACUAGAACACGAUGUUGUUGUUGAACAAUUGGGUGGAGAUGUUCAAUGUAUUCAUGUUUCUGCACUUCAAUCAAGGAAUCUACCGGCUCUUCAAGAUGCAUUGAUUUUGCAAGCGGAUUUAGCGGAACUCAAAUCGACUAAAGAUGGAAAAGUUGAGGCGGUUAUUGUGGAAUCGUCGGUUGUUCAUGGUAAGAGAUUCUAGGGAUUUGGGUAACAUCUGAGAGACUCAUCAGAAUACGUUGUUCUCUCAAAGAAAUUUCUAAAAUUGAUUUUUUUAAAAACCAACUUUUCUUUUCUGUGAAAAUUCCAUUUUUUUCAGGAAUUGGCAAAGUCUGCACAUUGAUUGUCUCUCGUGGAACUCUCAAAAAAGGAUGUGUUCUAGUCGCAGGAAAUUCUUGGUGUCGCGUCAAAACUAUGCAAGAUGAACACGGUAAAAAUGUGACAAUAGCUCUGCCAUCUCAACCAGUUCGAGUUAGCGGAUGGCGAGAUGAUUUGCCAACUCCUGGAGAUCUAGUAUUAGAAGCUGAAACUGUUGAUAGAGCACAAAAAGUUGUGAAUUUGAGAAUAUCGAAAAGUAUGCAAGAAAAAGCGGAAAGAGAUUGGGAAGAAACAGCUGAACAACGGGAAAAAGAUCGGGAAACUUAUUUGAAGAAUCGGCAGUUUUUGUUGAAUCGAGGACAAAGAUUUGGAAGUACGUUGAGAUGUGUGGUACACAAGAAUCAGAGAAUCGAAAAAGAUCAAGAUGAUACACAUCCCAAAUUUCGAAUUAUUGUGAGUUUAUUGAUUUUUUGGAUGGAGAUGACAAUUUAUUUAUGGCUUUUUUGAUUCUUUUAUUUGCGAAAAAAAAUACUAUACAUUUUUUGAUUUUUUUUAGAUAAACUUAGACCCCUAAAACCCUAAGAUUUCAAGUCUUUUAGGCUCAACUUCAAGCCCAGGCUUGAAUUCUGUUUCAGCCAAAUUUCGAUCCCAAUGUCAGGUUCAACCAGGCCUAAUUUCAAUUCCCCAGAUUUACGUGCAUUUUUCAAACCCCAUCUCAAUUUUUCCAGCUUCGAACUGAUGUUGAAGGAACCCUCGAAGCAAUUUUGGAAAUCCUCUCCACCUAUAAAUCUGAAAUGUGUUCACUCCAAAUUGUUGAUUUUGAAGUUGGUUCUCCCACUGAAAAAGAUAUUGAAUUGGCAAAAGAAACUGGUGCAACAAUCUACGCUUUCAAUUUACCAAUUUCAAAUCAAAUUCGACAAAAAGCUGAAGCUUCUGGUUGUCAAAUUGAUCAAUUCAAUGUGAUAUAUCGAUUAGUUGAAGCACUCAAAACUGAAAUUGAAUCAAGAUUACCGAAAUUGGAAGAGCUGGUUUUGGUUGGAGAAGGACAUGUUUUGAAAGAAUUUAUGAUUUCGGAUAGAGGAAGAAAAAGACAACCAAUUGCUGGAACAUUGAUUGAAUGGGGAAAUUUUGAGAAAUCGAGUUAUUAUAAGUUUUUGAGAAAUGGAAAUGUGAUUUUUGAAGGGGGAUUGGAGACGAUGAAAGCGGGAAUGGAAGUUGUGACAAGUGCAAAGACUAAUACUGAGGUGAGAGCAUUUUGGGACUGGUAUUUUCAUUUGAAAUUAGAAAAUAGAAGAAAAGUUUUCUGAAUUUAUAGUGUCUGGAUUAUAAAUUCAAAAUUUUCAAUUCAACGUUUACUCAAAAAAAAUCCUGAGUUUUGAGAAUUCGAUUCCCUUGUAAAUUUAUUUUCCAAAAUUUGUUUUUUUUUUUUUGAAAAUAACGAAACUCAGAAAGUGUCCUGACAGCCGUCGGCGAGAAAAUCUCGCCAGCUAGCACGCGAGCCGGCAGACGGCCGUCCAUUUCUCGCAUUUUUCUGGCGAGACCUCGCCAGUUCUCGCUGCUAGCUAGCGCUUGUCUGUUGUUUUUGCAGUUCAUAGAGCUUGUUUUGAAAGAAUUUAUUAAACAAAAAACACUUCAUUUAUCGGAAUCCUGUGGAAGUCGAAGUUUGGAGGGUGAUGUGUUGUUUUCCAGGCUGCGAAGAGUUGGUUGAUGAUUGUAGAAUCUGAAAUGUUCAAUCAUGUUUAAAACUUCGUUUGAAAAAUAUAGGGCAUUGGGAAAUGAGAAAUAAUCUAGUCAUUCUCGAAGUUUUUCAAGUUUCAUAUUCAGGUAUAUCCCAUUAUCUGCAAAAUGAAAAAAACUGCAGAGGGAGCGUUCAAUGUCUAGAAAACUCAACGAGCCAAAAUUACAAGGUUUUCGUAGAAAGUGAGUCAGUGCUAACAAGCGAUUUAGGAGCUUGACUUGACAAUGACAUGGCAAUUACUUGGCAACUACCUAUUCCUAUCACUAUCAAUUUUCUAAAAGUAAGGAUUUUCUAAUUUAUCAAGCACUGAUGGAAAAAUACAAUCAAAUACAUUUCUAGAUGAAUAUGAGUAACAAACAUGAAUAUAGAAUUUUUCAUUCGAAUUUUUGAUAGAAUGAGUUCUUUUCUCACGAAAUUGAUUUGUUCCUACACUAGAGCAUGAUUUUAAAACUACUGGGACUUAGGAAUCAAAGCUUUCAUUCAAACCACCUUACCUUACAAAUUUUAUCAAAAAUAUUGUUGUGCUGCUCGUCCAUCCCGCCAUUUCAGUCGAAAACAUCGCUUCAAACAUCGAGAGCCCUGUAAAAUAGGUUUACACUAAUUUACUGAAUUAACAAUCAUCUGCACUCACCAAAAACACGUUUUUAUAUCAUGAAGGUGCCUGGCGAUGUGCACCGUCUCCAUUCCAACACUUUGCAUCGUCGAUUGCGUGUUUUCUGUGAACAUUUUCGAUGAAAAAGGCAUAAAAAGAUUUUAGGCCAAAAAUUUCGAAAAAAAAAUGAAAAAGGAAAUAGACGAGCAAAUCUGCUCCAGUCGCAAUUUUUUCUGUCCGCUAGCUGGCGGCGAGGAGAUGCGCUCGAUCCUCCCCUUUUUAUGAGAAUGCGAGCUGGCGGACAGCCUCUGCUAGCUUUCGACAGCUCGCAACCUCGCGGACGGCUGUCAGGACACUUUCUGAGUAACUUUCAAUUACUGAAAAAUCCCUCGAGAACGCCCUAAUUUUUGUUUUUCAUUAUUUUUUCUGAAAUAUUAUUCUGAGAAGAAAAAAUUUAGAAAAUGAAUUAUACUAUUUUUUUCACGUGACCUAAUUUAUUUUUCACGUGAAUUAUUUUUUUUCAAUAUUCUCAUUUCCAAUUUCAUUUUUUUUCUCACAGGUUGGUUUAUGUUUAUUGGACAAAAAUAUUCGAUUCAAAGAAGAUGAUCAAGUUGAAGCAUAUGAAAAGAAGCAAAAAUCUCAACAAAUUGACUGGUUUCCACCUGGAUUUUAG